AUGAAUAAGGCCGAUAAUCAAGAAAUUGCCGCUAAGGUUAGCAAAGUCAAGGAAGUCGUCAGAGGCGUCAGCAACGACGACAUUAUUCUUGCUCUUCAUUCCUACGACUUCAACGUUGAACGCACCAUCCAAGCUUUCUGCGAAGAUGGAGCUUCUGGCGUCCUCGACGAUUGGGUACGUCCUGCUGGUUCUAGCGGAAAGAAAAACAAGAAUAAGAAGAAGAACAAGAACGCUCAGGUUGUCGCUCCAGCUACCCCACAAGUAGUUGAGCAACCUAAGAAGACCGCCCCCGUCUCUGUUCCAACAACAGGCGUUACUUCCGUCUCGACCCCAGUUGCUAGUGCCCCAGUUACUAAGGCUGCUCCCGCUAAAGUUGUUAAUGGGGUCAGCAAGGCUGCCAAAGAAGCAGAAAAACCUAAAACUAACAACAAGAAUGCUGCUGUUUCUGAACAGGUUCACAAUACCUUCCAGACUCUUAGAACCAUUCUUAACGAACGAGAAAAGGUAUUGUUGGGCUCUCUGAAGCCACAGUCAUCUUUCUCAGCUGAUCUCAGUCAGUUAGUAGCUUUCAUCAACAACUUCGGUCUUGUUCACGAUGCAGCUGCUAAACCUAUCAGUUCGCCAACUAAAUCAGUAUCCCCUGUACAAGUAGCUGCCAUUAAGCAUGCCACUAGCCAAUCUAGUAUUACCAGCUCAGUCGGAGCUGAUUCUGGUGUUAAUCUUAGUCCAGUUCAUAGUGGAAAUGAGCAAAAGAAGGGCUCAAAUCAAUCAGUCCACGUUACAUGUGGAGGCAUCCAAAUGUCAUCUGAUGGAUUGUCUGCCGACCAAUUAGCCGCUAUCAAGCAAUCUUUAGAGGAACGUCUUGCUGCAACUGGAAUCGAUGCGUCAGUCAUCAAUGGAGCUCAAGCAGUUCGUAGACCUAAAAAAACCAAUGAGAACCGUGCAAAAUCCCAGAAGGAUGGUGCUAAAAACGCUCAGAGACCUAAGCUCAGCAUCUUGAAUGCCUAA